AGGACACAAAUAAAUUGAGGAAUUUAGGUCAGUCGACUUCUUUUGCUCCUACUCACAUUACUCACUUCGAUUGCGGCUAGGGUUCUUCCUUUUCCUCUUCCUCUUCUUUCUCUACAGAUCUCUUAUUCUUUCUUUUAUUAUAAUCAUGGAGCUCUUGUUUAGAUAGGUUUUCUGCUCGCCUUUCUCGGAGUGGAAUUUCCUUUUCUUUGAGGUCUUUUUUGGGGUUUUUGGUUUCGAGAUUGUUCGAAAAUGGCGACCGUUAAUCCUUUUGAUUUGUUGGGAGAUGAUGACGCUGAGGACCCGUCGCAGCUAAUUGCGGCUAAUCAGGUGGCGGCGGUGGCGGCGCCGCCGUCUAAGAAAGGCCCUGCUCAGACGAAACCGGUGGCGAAUAAGCCUGCUAGUCUUCCUUCCAAGCCCCUUCCACCUGCUCAGGCUGUAAGAGAAUCAAGGAAUGAAGGCAGUCGUGGAGGUCGUGGCAGUGGACGGGGGGGAGGACGGGGAUAUGGGCGAGGUCGUGAGGGUGGUGGCUUCAAUCGUGACUUUGCCAAUAAUGAGAGCACUAAUGCACCUGAAGAUGGAGAGGGUGGAAAAACAGCGGAAAGACGUGGAUAUGGUGGGCCUCGUGGUCGUGGUGGCCGUCGGGGUGGUUUCAAUAAUGGAGAGGCUGCUGAUGGGGAACGCCCUCGUAGAGCAUUUGAACGCCACAGUGGAACUGGCCGUGGAAAUGAAUUUAAACGUGAAGGGGCUGGUCGUGGAAAUUGGGGAAGGUCAACUGACGAAUUUGCUGAGGUGCCGGAGGAAGCUGUUAAUGAAACUGAAAAGAAUGUAGGUGACGAGAAGCCUAUUCAAGAGGAUGAUACAUCAGGGGUCAAUACAGAGAACCCUGCUAAAGAACCGGAGGAAGCAGUACCAGAAGACAAGGAAAUGACACUGGAGGAGUAUGAAAAGUUGCUUGAGGAUAAAAGGAAGGCCCUUCUAGCUCUAAAAACUGAGGAGAGGAAGGUGGAUCCUAAAGAAUUUGCAUCCAUGCAACAACUUUCAAGCAAGAAGGACAACAACGAAAUCUUUAUUAAAUUGGGAUCCGAGAAGGAUAAGCGAAAAGAAAUUGCAGAUAAGGAGGAGAGAACUAAGAAGUCUUUGAGUAUUAAUGAGUUUUUGAGGCCUGCGGAAGGAGAGCGACACUACGCCCCUGGUGGCCGAGGAAGGGGUCGUGGCCGUGGUUUAAGGGGAGGAUACAGUGGUAGCUCAAUGAGCAAUGUUGCAGCCCCAUCCAUUGAAGACCCGGGGCAGUUCCCGACCUUAGGUGCGAAGUGAUCUCUCUAUAAAUUUUCCCUUAGAAAACUGUGGGUUUUUGAUCUGGGGCAGGAAAUUGACUAGAAUAAUAUAGUCUCUACUCUCUCCUGUAUCAAAAAUGAUUUUUAAGUUUAAUAUUUGUUUAGGUGUAAAUUGUCAAAGUCUUCUAUUUUUCCUUGUCCAUUUCCCUUUGUGUGUGUUUCAACUGUUGGUUAUGACUUUUUGCCAGAUCAAACUAUUUAUUUAUGACUUUUCUUUCUUCCCCUCA